UUGCAGAUCUUCUGCCAAGAAUUUUCGGAGAAAUGUGGAGUGCCAAACGUUAAUCUCUACCCGAGUCGUCACGCCAACCCAGCGGACGAAGGUCGUCCAAAGGGUUACGGUCAAAAACAACAAAAUGGUCAACUCGGCCUUGGAAGAAGCUGGGCAUUCGGAUUGGGAGCUAUACCUGGGUUCGAGGUAACAUCCAGCCAAGGAACAGAUAUUGGUGCCGGAAACCUUCCAUUUCUCAAUCAGAUCGGUGGCAUCAUGCUCAACCAUGGAAGUGAAAUUGGAGCUCUGGGACACAGAACUGGCAGAGGACCUGCACGAUCACUGAAUGCUCUCACGCACGGAUAUCCCUCAUUUGGUCUCGCUGGAGCGCCAACGAAACGGCGACAAAAAGCUCAGCCAGGAAUGUUCGGAAAACUCGGUGGAAACCGGCCAAAGAAGCCUGUAGUGGGCUACGAACCAGGCUAUGGUGCAGUGAAUCCCAAUGCUCCACUUGCCAUCGGAAAGGUACAAUUUUUUGAUUGCGUGCUAAUCGCAUCAGGGUGA